AUGGAAAACUGCGAGGGUGUCCCCCCUUUCUCACAAACCAACUCAUCACUCCUGCUAGACGAACCCCCAGAGAAGAUGCCUCGAGGCGAGGGCCCGAAACUGGAGCUGCGAUUUCUCAUAUCAUUCAAGGCUUAUUUUUCUCUCCGCCCCAACCCGUUCCCGCUCCACCUUUGGCCCGAUCCAAAUGCUCUGAAUCCUUCAUUACCAAUGGUCUUGAAACCCGUCCCGCCCUGUCCUGCCCCGGCCCUCGUCCCGCGCCCAUCAAUACCCGCACGACUUUCGUGCUUGCUUAUGACUGGUGCCCCUCUCCUGUAUUCUGUUAAGAUCAGCAUCUCGGACAGCUGCGGACCUGAGAGAGUUCUUGUUCUGGAUGGUGACAUGGGCUCUAUUAUGGAAAUUUUGACCAAUGUCCUCAAUCGGAAUAACCGAGAGGAUGGCGUCGACUUGCGGCUCUUGGUGCACCAAAGCCAGGCGGGAUGCGUUAUCGGACGAGGUGGUUAUAAAAUCAAAGAACUUCGCGAACAGUCGAAUUUGCGAACACUUAAGGUGUAUCAGAUGUUAUGUCCCGGUUCCACAGAUCGCGUUAUCCAGCUGGUAGGCGAGGUCGACAAAGUUAUCAAUUGCUUGCAGUCAAUCGCGGAACUUCUCGAGGUAUUUUUUUAUUAA